GGGCAGCUGGGCCUUCACCAUGCCCGGGUUGGUGCUCUUUGGCCGGCGCUGGGCCAUCGCCAGUGAUGACCUGGUCUUCCCGGGGUUCUUCGAGCUGUUCCUGCGAGUGCUGUGGUGGGUAGGCGUCCUGGCGCUGUACCUGCAGCACCGCAAGCAGCUGGACUGCACAGGCGGCACCCUGCUCAGCACUUACCUGAUCGUGCUCAUGGUGCUCCUGACGGUGGUCAUCUGCGCCAUGGCCGCCAUCGUGAACGUCAGCAUGAAAGGCACCAUCUGCAACCCCGGGCCCCGGAAGUCGAUGCCCAAGCUGCUCUACAUCCGGCUGGCGCUCUUCCUGCCCGAGGUGGUCUGGGCGGCCGUGGGGGCCAUCUGGGUCUCCCAGGGAGUCCAGUGCAACCGGACGGUCGUGAACGGCAUCAUCGCCACGGUGGUUGUCAGUUGGAUCGUCAUCGCCUCCACGGUGGUGAUCAUCUUCAUAGUCUUUGACCCUCUGGGAGGGAAGAUGGGGCCCGGCCCAGGCCCCCUGCACGGCCACGACUCCAGCCAGCUGCUGAGCGGCCUCCGGACGGCGGCCACCAGCGUGUGGGAGACGCGGGUGAAGCUGCUGUGCUGCUGCGUCGGCGAGGACGAGCACACGCGGGCGGCGUUCUCGAGUACGGCAGAGCUCUUGUCAACCUACUUCUCAGACACUGACCUGGUGCCCAGUGACAUCGCAGCGGGCCUCACCCUCCUCCACCAGCAGCAGGACACCAUUGGAAACACACAGGAACCCAACGAGGUCGUCAGCCACGCCCCAGGCUCCUCGCAGGAAGCAGAUCUGGACGCAGAGCUGGAGAACUGUCACCAUUACAUGCAGUUUGCGGCGGCUGCCUACGGCUGGCCGCUCUACAUCUACAGGAACCCGUUCACGGGGCUCUGCAAGGUCGGCGGCGACUGCUGCAGAAGCCAAACCACGGAAUAUGACUUGGUGGGGGGUGAACAGCUCCACUGCCACUUUGGCUCCAUCCUGCAGACAACAGGGCUGCAGUACCGGGACUUCAUCCACAUCAGCUUCCACGACAAGGUCUAUGAGCUUCCCUUCCUCGUGGCUCUGGACCACAGGAAAGAAUCGGUCGUGGUUGCUGUGAGAGGAACCAUGUCUCUCCAGGACAUCCUCACCGACCUGUCCGCCGAGAGCGAGACCCUUGACCUGGGAUUGGAGAUGCAAGACUGCGUGGCACACAAGGGGAUUUCUCAAGCCGCCCGGUACAUCUACCGGCGCCUCAUCGACGACGGGAUCCUGAGCCAGGCCUUCAGCGUCGCCCCCGAGUACCACCUGGUCCUGGUUGGGCACAGCCUGGGGGCUGGUGCCGCUGCCCUGCUGGCCCUCAUGCUCAAGAAAGCCUACCCGCAAGUCCGAUGCUACGCCUUCUCCCCACCCCGGGGGCUGCUCAGCAAGUCCCUGUACGAGUACUCCAAGAGCUUCACCGUGUCGCUGGUCCUGGGCAAGGACGUGAUCCCCAGGUUAAGUGUGACCAACAUGGAGGAUCUGAAGAGGAGGGUCCUUCGAGUGAUUGCACACUGCAACAAGCCCAAGUACAAGAUCCUGCUGCAUGGGUGCUGGUAUGAGCUAUUUGGAGGGGACCCCGAUAACACUCCGACUGAGCUGGAGGGGGCCCACCAGGCCAACCUGACACAGCCACUCCUCGGCGAGCAGAGCCUGCUGACACAUGGUUCCCCAGCCUUCAGCGACGACUCCCCGACCAAGUACCCGCCCCUGUAUCCUCCGGGCAGGAUCAUCCACCUGCAGGAAGAGGGCCCCUCGGGCAGGUGGAUUUGCUACUGUCGCUCGGCUCAGUACAGCGCCAGGUGGUCCCAUGAAGCCGAGUUCAGCAGGAUCCUCAUCGGCCCCAAGAUGCUGACUGACCACAUGCCAGACAUCCUGAUGCGUGCGCUGGACCACUUGGUGGCCAACAGAGCGGCCUGCGUCUCCUGCCCAGCCGAGGGGGCCUCCCCGGAGGAGGCGGUGUAGCCCUUGCUCCCACAGCUGCCACAGGAACUCUGCCCGCUUGGCUCUGUGCUCACACUGAGUCUGUGGUGCCCAAUGGUAUAGGGCUCCAGCCACGGGGCCUGGAGGGAAUCACGUCGGGGAUGGGACUCUGGGGGCCUGAGGUCGAAAGGCCUGAAGCACCUCCCUGCUGGCUGCGGUCCCAGCCCUGAGGAGCAACCCAGGCCCCAGCUCCCCUCGCUGACCUGGGCAGAGGCUGCCCUCCUUCUACAGGAAGCACGUUCCUGGCCACGCAGCAGACACCUGUGGAUGGUGAAGCAGGCUGAGAAGCCACAUUCCCAUCAGAGCUGAGUCUCCUUUGGGGUGCCACCCAGGCUCGGCCCUUGUCCACACCUGAACAGGCCAGCUCUUCCUGUGAGGGUGGACGUGGUUUCCUUCUCAGUGGUGGCGGCUCUCGGGUGGGCCAGUGGAUCUGGAGCGAGUUCAGUAAAUAAAGCACCUAGCCACGCUUUCCUGCCUGCACAGCCA